CAUCACUUGUCUUAAAAAGUUCAGUUUCGGGAUUGUUUCUCUCCGGAACGGUCCGUUCAAACCUUCAUAUACCCGUUGGAUGUGCUUGUGAAAAGCUCUUGCUCCCACCACCACCAUCUGCCUUGACUGUGUGCUUUCUACUUUGUUCAAAGUAUCUUAAAGGGUAAUCUUGCCUACGUGGAAUUUCUCCAGCUUUCUUGGACUUCUGUAUCUCUAUACCCUCUAGACUCUUCAGAUCUUCUCGGCUUUCUGUGCAGAGAGAAGGAGCGACGAUAAGAACGAUAACGACGACGACGAAAGAGCUAAGCAAAAAAAAUACCAGACUUACAGACAAAAUGGCUGAGACUCAGAGACCACGAAGCGCCAUUAUCGUUGGCGCAGGAGCAGGCGGUAUCGCCGUCGCGGCCCGUCUGGCCAAAGCCGGAGUAGACGUCACAGUUCUCGAAAAGAACGACUUCACAGGAGGCCGCUGCAGUCUCAUCCACACAAAAGCUGGCUACCGCUUCGACCAAGGUCCCUCACUCCUCCUCCUACCGGGUCUCUUCCGCGAGACCUUUGAAGAUUUAGGCACCACUCUCGAGCAGGAAGAUGUCGAGCUCCUCCAAUGUUUCCCCAACUACAACAUCUGGUUCUCCGACGGCAAGCGCUUCUCGCCCACCACCGACAACGCCACCAUGAAGGUCGAGAUCGAAAAGUGGGAAGGCCCCGACGGCUUCCGCCGCUACCUCUCGUGGCUCGCCGAGGGCCACCAACACUACGAGACCAGCUUGCGACACGUUCUGCACCGCAACUUCAAGUCCAUCCUCGAGCUGGCGGACCCCCGCCUUGUCGUCACGUUGCUCAUGGCUCUUCACCCCUUCGAGAGCAUCUGGCACCGCGCCGGGCGUUACUUCAAGACGGAUCGCAUGCAGCGCGUCUUUACUUUUGCGACCAUGUACAUGGGCAUGAGCCCGUUCGAUGCGCCGGCGACGUACAGUCUGCUUCAAUACUCGGAGUUGGCCGAGGGUAUCUGGUAUCCCCGCGGAGGCUUCCACAAGGUGUUGGACGCUUUGGUCAAAAUUGGAGAGAGGAUGGGCGUCAAGUACAGACUCAACACGGGCGUGUCCCAGGUUCUCACGGACGGAGGCAAGAACGGAAAGAAGCCAAAGGCUACGGGUGUCCAGCUUGAGAACGGCGAGGUGCUGAACGCCGAUCUGGUGGUGGUUAACGCCGACUUGGUAUAUACGUACAACAACCUCCUGCCGAAGGAGAUCGGGGGCAUCAAGAAGUAUGCGAACAAACUCAACAACCGCAAGGCGUCGUGCAGUUCUAUUUCUUUUUACUGGAGUUUGUCGGGUAUGGCCAAAGAGUUGGAGACGCACAAUAUCUUUUUGGCGGAGGAGUACAAGGAGUCCUUUGACGCUAUCUUUGAGAGGCAGGCCCUGCCUGAUGAUCCCAGCUUCUACAUCCACGUCCCCUCCCGCGUUGACCCCUCGGCCGCCCCUCCCGACCGCGACGCCGUCAUCGCCCUCGUCCCCGUUGGCCACCUUCUCCAAAACGGCCAACCAGAGCUCGACUGGCCUACUCUCGUCUCCAAAGCCCGUGCCGGCGUUCUGGCCACCAUCCAAGCCCGUACCGGCCUGUCCCUGUCCCCCCUUAUCACCGAAGAAAUCGUCAACACCCCUUACACCUGGGAGACCAAGUUCAACCUCAGCAAGGGCGCCAUCCUCGGUUUGGCCCACGACUUCUUCAACGUGCUGGCCUUCCGCCCGCGCACCAAAGCCCAAGGCAUGGAUAACGCCUACUUUGUCGGCGCUAGCACCCAUCCGGGAACCGGCGUGCCGAUUGUCCUUGCAGGUGCCAAGAUCACUGCCGAGCAGAUUCUUGAGGAGACGUUUCCUAAGAACACAAAGGUGCCGUGGACGACGAACGAGGAGAGGAACAGUGAGCGGAUGAGGAAGGAGAUGGAUGAGAAGAUUACGGAGGAGGGGAUUAUUAUGAGGAGUAACAGCAGUAAGCCGGGCAGGAGGGGGAGUGAUGCUUUUGAGGGCGCCAUGGAGGUGGUUAAUCUCUUGUCGCAGAGGGCGUUCCCUUUGUUGGUGGCGUUGAUGGGGGUGCUGUAUUUCUUGCUAUUUGUGAGGUAGGGUUCUGUUGGGUUGACGGGUUUCACUUAAUGCGGAGCGGGCGAUUCAUGUUUCUUUAAGUCUUGGUUCUAGUCUAGAUGAUUUCCUUGAGUAGGUAUAGUUCGAUUGGGUAUAAACGAUUUCGUAGAUAAAGUCUUGGGAAUAUAUAGCUGUUUUGUUUUUAUGUCGAAGACAAUGGGGUUCAUCAUGGCUCGGAAAGUAUCCUUCUUCUCACCGAUAUGUGCUUAGUUA